AUGAGUAAUUUUUGGGAUAAUAACAAGGGCAGUAUUAUGUCUGGUCUGGCAAGCGCCGGAAAAUAUGGUUAUCAGGGCACGAAAUAUGUAGCAAAGGCAGGGUAUAAGGCCAGUAAGACGCAUUAUAACAAUUCCCAAGGCAAGAAGAAUGUUGAGGAGAGUUCCGAUGAAGGCUAUAUGAGCGAAUCGGCUUCAGAUUUGUCUCAUUUACAAGAUCCUAAGAUGUUUCCACCGCCUCCUUUAAAACCGGGACAGAAACAGAUAUCCAGUGAUGGGACUGUCAUUGAUGCUGGUAACGCUCCUCUGGUGCAUACUGCUGCUGUGCCGAUGGCCAAUGCUGCUUCACACCCAGGGUUGCCUCCAAGAACACCGACAGCGAACAGUAUUCCUAUGCUUACUCAGCAACAAACGUAUCCUCCGCAGAAUAUGUAUCAACAACAACCGCCACCACAACCGCCAAUGCAACAGCAAGUACCACCACAAGUACAGCAAAUCCCACAGCCAGGGCAGCAGUUAUCGCAGCAGCCAAUGCAGCAGCUUCAUCCUGAACCAAUUCCUCCAAGAAAUUAUCAGACUGCCGUAGAAACGCCCCCACAAUAUACCCCUAUUCCAUCGCUUAAUGCACAACACGUACAAGAACAACUACAACAGCAGUUACAGCAACAGUUCCAACCAUCAAUGGGUACCCCUGAUCAAGGCCAGGCAUUAGUCCAAGGCUCUCCCUUGGCGUCGCAACAGCAGGUUCAGCCGCAGGUUCAGCCGCAGACCUCACAAUAUCAGUCUCAGCAGGUACCCUCGCCUCAGAUUCAAAAUCAAGGGCAACUAAUGCAACAGCAACAAAACUACUUUCAACCUCAACUGCAGCAGACUCAGCCACAGCAGUAUAUCGAUUCCUAUGCUCAGUACCAGCAACAAGGGCAGCAGCAAGUUCAACCGCAGAUACAGCAAAUGCAACCUCAGGUUCAACAGCAACCCAUCCAACAACCUCCGCAAGCACAACCGCAGUAUCAACAGUCAUAUCCGCCACAGUACCAACAACAAACCCAAUCUUUGCAGCCACAAUAUCAACAACCAGUUCAGGCUCCUAUUGUACAGCCUCCCAUUCCUCAACAGGAUUAUUAUCAGCAACAGCAGCAAACUCCUUACCAACCUGCAUCUCAACCUCAAAUGUAUCAACAACAGCCAGGGCAACAAAACCCCAUUGUAUCUCCAGCUCCUGCACUUGCGCAAAGACCAAGUCUCUCCAAUAUCCAAACAUCUACUGGCCAUGGUGCAUCUCAAGAAUCUACAGUUUCAUCAACAGCUUCAAUUACCGUUAAACCAUACGUUUGGAUGGAUUCUGAUGAACGGAAGGAGAAGAAGAAAAUUGAGCUGCAACCUGUGAGUGCAAUUGAUAUUCAUCAAGUGACACCUCCUCUCCACAAGGAUAGGUCAUCUUCUUCAAGUUUGAAGAGUUCAUCAAGGGACGCAUCCGUAUUGGAGAAGGGGAAAUCACUUUCACCAGGUCCUGCACCUUUGCCUUCAAGGAAUGUCAGACCACCUACAUCUGUUGAUCAUACCAAACCAAACACUGUGACCCCAGCUGCAGCAACUGGAACAUCAGCUGAAGUUGGUGAUGACCAAGUUAGACCCAAUGAAAGUAUCACGGGAGUUUAUCAUGAAUCUACUGUAUCUUUCCCACCUCCGCCAAAGCCAACGCAUAACGGAUUGCCAAUGUCACCACCUGUAUCGCAUGCUCGUCCUACAGUAUCACAUAAGCCACCAAAUCCUCCACGUCCUCCUGUGUCUUCGAAACCGACAUUACCUCCGAUUCAAACUCACCAGCGCAUUACCUCCACAGAACGUGCUCCCAUAGGUAGACCCAAAGAGGAAGUACAUCAAGCUGCGGUGUUAGGUGCUUAUAACUAUAAUGUUGACGUUGGUUUCGCUCCUCCCCCCAAACCACCGAGAUCAAUGGUAACUUCGCCAGCUAACGAUCCUCAAACUUCACUUUCGUCGCGCAGACCUUCCCAAGAGUAUGGUGGAGUUGCUAAAGCUUCAUCAAGAACGUUGCCGCCGCCGCCGGGACAACAAAAUGGCUCGUUGCCCCAGCAUACAGAGGAAGAACCAGCCUCCAAUAGUUCAGAAAGUGCACCACCUGCCAUGAGAAUGUUACCCCUAGCAGAUUUACCUCCUCCUCCACAGAGGACUGAUUCUCAUACCACCACAUCCGAGCAACCGGCAGUUCCAAGUAGAACUUUUGAUCCACCUCCAAGAUAUUCCACUAAUGAAACUAUUCCUCCAACUUAUAAUAUUGAUGAAGACAUUCAAACGGCACAUAAGAAACCGCCUCCAAAAGUGCCAAAAAAGAAGGUAUCAUUAAGGGCAGGAAAUAAACCACCUGUCCCCAAGAAAAAGGCUAGUUUGUCCGGUACAGCCACUCAUGAACAUAACGAGUCAGCCCGCACAUCGUUAACGCAAGAAACUAAUAACAGUAUUGAUGAUGACGAUGAUGACGAUUCUGGAGAAGGUAAUUCUUUCAGGAAGUAUUUGAGGCAUGUAGUUCCUGCAGAAAGGGAUCAUAUUCAUAAGUCCAAAUAA